AUGAUUGGAAGCAUCGAUUACAUGCACUGGCAGUGGAAGAAUUACCCAACUGCUUGGCAAGGAGAUUAUGGGAAUAGGAAGGACAAAAAAAGUAUCAUUCUGGAGGUCGUUGCAUCAUUUAAUACUUGGGUUUGGCAUGCCUUUUUCGGAGUUGCGGGAUCUCAAAACGACAGUAACGUACUUGGCCAAUCCCCAGAAUUCAACGAUGUGUUGAGAGAGGGUUAUAGGAAAGAUGCGGAAAUUAUUAGGGGUGCUGCUUGUAUGUUUGAUGAAGAUAUGCUAGAAAGCAUUAUGAUGACUUACAUCGUCCUCCAUUACAUGAUUGUGGAAGAUGAGUAUGAUUAUGAUGCCCUUGAGAUGUUAGAACCCGAUCCCAUGUACAUGACAUUAACAAGAAUUUAUGAACGGCCCGUGGGAGCAAAUGGACAACCACUGGAGCAUGAACUGUUGAUUAGGGACGAUUGUUACAACAACCAUAUGAUUGACCAUUAUAUGGAAAUCCUAUCUUUUUAUGUUCACGAGAGACGUCAAGUUGACUUGAUCGAACACUUAUGGGUGAUGAAAGGCAAUCACUGUGGAUGA